AUGGCUUCAUGGAACCCGGCAUUCAUGCCAAAAUCGGCCGCCGACCUCCCGGCCCCCUUGCCGACUGAUAACACCGUCGCCGACACAACAGAUCAUGCGAACCGUGUAGCCCAAGAUGGCUCCGACUUCUGGGGAAUUGAUGGAGGAGAAGAGGACGUGCCCGCCCAGAAUGGCGCCUCUGACUCCUGGUUUCCCGACUAUGGAACAGGCAAUCAUACGACACUACCCGCGACUGAUGCGCAAGCUACGAGCCAAAUAACCAGUGAAACUGAUACCAACACCCCCGAUACCGCUACCGAACAGACCGAGACCGCACAUGUAACUACAGAAGAUGCUGAAGCUGUCGAGCCAGCUCCCACUCAGACGGACGAAGCUCCCGAGCCCAUCGUAGAGAACGCGCAAGCUACCGAGGCGGUCCCAAAAGACGCUGCCACCGCCGACCUCGUCCCCGAACAUGCUGAGCCUACCGAUGCUACUACUACAGAAAAGGCCGAUACAGACGAACCAUCGGAUGUCGCUUCCAAGCACACGAGUACUAUGUCCUUCACUCGAACUAUUCCCCAUGAGCCGAGCUGGAGCGAUGACGGAGAUCCUGAGUGGAACCUCGCGCGAGCGGAUACGGAUCCCUUCAAGUUCUUGCCAUCGAGCGACCGAACCAACUCCUUCCCUCCUGUUCCUCCUCUAGAACAGCACGAGCAACAGCAGGAAAAGCAGCAAGAAAAUCAGCAGGUACAGCAGGUACAGCAGCAGCAGCAACCUCAAACCGAGCCUCAUUUGGAGCAGUCACCAAUUGUCCAGCCCCAGGUUGCGAAUUUCCUCGGUGAUGACGAUGAGGUCGAGGUACAGGGCGAUGAUGGGUUCUUCAGCCAGUUGUCUGAGGCACAGAACGAUGGAUUUGAUCAGUUUGGCGCCCAAGACGAGAACAAUUCUCAGCAGUACAUGGGUGGUGACCUAGGUGCUAAGGCCACUGAGGCGCUUGACGCCCGUUUCGAAGAAGGUGUUCCUCUGAUCGCACAUGAUGGAAACACGACAGCCGAGCGGGAAGAUACAAAGGACCUAUUCGGGGGAGAGGAUGUCCAUGAUGAGGACGACUUUUUCAGCCAGGUUCAGCAAGGGAGCGUUAAUCAAACUGAAUUUGAGGCGCAGCCGCUUGAACGCAAGUCGACUAUGCAAGUACUGGGCGCUAUGGACAUGGGCUCCGUCCAGCCAAGCUUCGCACCAGUGGAAGAGCAGCCCGAGGAAGAGGCCGAUGCCACGGUAGAGACGCAAACCCACGACCAUCCUGAGACAACGAGUACAGAUCUGAACACAGGUGAAGGUCACGAGGAACAGAAGCCAGCAGGCGAAGAUGUUGAGGCCAAGUGGAAGGAGUUGUUUGCUGACGAUGAAGAGGACACCCUAUCGCUUCUUGACGAUUCCACGGAGGCGUCGAAUGAGAUCAAGGAGAAGGAGAUUGAUCCGGCUGCGUUCUUUGGGAGUGAUGACGAGGGCUUUCUCGACGAUUCGGAAGAGUUCCCAACAAUGGAGGAAACAACCCAGCCCAGAGCGCCUAGCGUAGCUGGCUCCAACACCACGACAACCCCUACCACCCGGUACAUGCCUCAGACCCAAACUCCAAGCCUGACCGGAGCCUCAAAUCCCUAUGCCCCGACUGCACCACCCCUAACUUCGGCGCCGUCAAAUCCUUACUUCCCUGCCGCACCCAGCACGGUUGCGCAGACGCCGUCUGUUACGCCCUUUGGCGCCCCUGUCUCGGCUCCCCCUCCAAGCGGGAGAUUUGGAUACGGCGCAGUCCCUCCGCCACAGAUUGAGAGGAAAGCCCAAAGCUUCGUCGACAAGAAGGGCGGCUACCAGUCACCGUACGACCUUCCUAUGGAGGUAGUCAAGGUCAAGAAGCGCCCAAGUACGGCAACUCUUAACACACCUGUGACAGCACCGGCCGCUCCACCGCCUUCCAAAAGCGCUACUCACCUGCCUCCUCCACCUCCCACCUCUGUUCCACACUCAUCUCAGCCUGGUGUCAAGCCACCACCGCCUCGUGGUGAAGCCAAGCCGAAGGAGAAGUUCUUUGAGGAGCUUCCUGUAGUCACAAAGGCGCGCCCAGCUUCUCGAAAUACAAUGGGUACCGCAUCGCCGGCACAGUCUAGCCCAUACGGCCCACCGCCCUCGGCUGGCCCACCUUCUAUCGCCUCGCAGCCACCAGUACCUGGAAUGCCGUCUGCCAUGGGAUCUGUUCCCAACUCUUCCUUUACCCAGCAUGCGGAGAUUCCCAACUUGGUUGCGCUGCCACGUGUCAACCCUUACGCUUCGAUACAGUCCAGCACUACGAGCCUUGCUCCCGCUGUUCCUGCCCCGGCUUCAAGUCGUUAUUCUCCAGCGCCUUCCAGUGGGUCACAGCUCAGCACUCCCGUCCCACCUGCUGCGGCAAGCCGUUACUCUCCCGCCCCGCCAGCUUCUCGGCCAACGAGUUCGGGUUAUACUCCGACUACUUCGGUGCCACCGGUUCUACCACCGGUUUUGCCGCAUCAACCCCGUACCUCAAGUCCGCUAGCACAUUUCGAAUCCAGACCUCUUAUUUCUAGCCAUGCAGAAAGUGGCCUGGCGGAAAAGCGGAGCAGCAACUCGUUGUACGACUUGCGACUGCAGAGAGUGCCUUCUCUACCUCCGACUCAGGAGGUGGAAGAAGAAGGCCCCAUGCAGGAUGGUAGAGAACAUGAUCCCCUACAGAGAUGGCGUGGUGUUCCUCUCAUUUCCUGGGGCGUAGGUGGGGCUCUGGUAACCAUGUUCCCCAAGAACGUGCCACGAUAUGGCAUGGGCCAAACGGCCCCCAUGGUUAUUCGUAGCCCAGGAGAAGUCAAGGUCAAGAGCAUGAAGGACAUAGAGCCAAUGGAGGAGCGCUUGGCCAAAUUUCCUGGGCCUCUAAAGGGGAAGUCGAAGAAGAAGGAGACCAUUGCCUGGUUAAUAAACGGAAUUGAGAUGCUGGAGAGGACUGUGCCACAUAACCUGUCUCAUCAACUCAACCCGUCUCACGAUGACAAGCGGACAACAGAGAGACUCUUGCUUUGGAAGAUUCUGAGGGUCUUCGUCGAGCAUGAUGGCGUGUUGGAAGGAAACCCGACCGUUAACCAAGCUGUGCGCGAAAUCCUGUACCCGGAGGCUUCAACCAUUGGUGGUCAGCCUGAGUUCGCAAAUGCUCUGAACCCAUCAGGAUUGGGCAAUUCUGCCAUGACUUCACUACAAGCCGACUCGGUUGAUUCUUCCGCUGUUGAGCAGAUCCGCAACCACCUCAUCAGUGGCGACAAUGAGAAGGCCGUGUGGGCUGCGGUCGAUAAGCGGCUUUGGGGCCAUGCCUUCCUGCUGGCCAACGCCCUUAACCCUGACCUCUAUAAGCGGGUCGCUCAAGAAUUUGUGAAGAACGAGGUAAAUUCCACCGGUCAUAACAAUGAGUCGCUUGCUGCUUUUUAUGAUGUCCUCUCUGGCAACCACGAAGAAAGCGUGGACGAGCUGGUGCCCGCCCAUGCCCGUGCUGGUCUUCAGCUAGUGGCCAAAAAUUCCUCUUCUGGUCCCUCCAAGGACGCCAUGGGUGGUCUUGAUAAGUGGCGCGAAACCCUCUCCCUGAUCCUCAGCAACAGGACUGCUGAUGAUGCCCGAGCCAUCAACGUUUUGGGCAAUUUGCUAUCAGGCUAUGGAAGAGCCGAGGCGGCUCAUAUUUGCUUCUUGUUUGCCAGAAGUCAAACCAUCUUCGGUGGCUUGGACAACCCGAACUCUAACUUCGUUCUUGUUGGGUCUGACCAUAGGCGGCAGGCGGACCAUUUCGCAAAGGAGAUUGAGCCACUUUUGUUGAGCGAGGUUUAUGAGUACGGCCAGAGCCUUGCUGGUGGUACCGUGCCCGUCAGCAAUCCUCACUUGGCAGCGUACAAGCUUCAGCACGCAUACGCCCUGGCCGAGUAUGGCUUUAGAGACAAGGCCCUUCAAUACUGCGAGGCUAUCACGGCUGCGAUCACCGCGCAGACGAAGCGCUCUCCUUAUUACCAUCCCAUCCUUGAGGCCUAUGUCGAUGACUUGAUGAAGCGAUUGAAGCAGGCACCCAAGGAGGAAUCAAACUCGUGGAUCCCGAAGCCUAGCAUGAAUAAGGUAUCUGAUUCCAUGUGGAAUCGGUUCAACAAGUUUGUCGCUGGAGAUGACAACGAGGAUGGCAGUAAGGGCUCACCUGACGCUGCGGGAGAAUCUGGUCCCUUUGCACGAAUCGCCGGAGGAACCCCGACUAUCAGUCGCUCGCCCUCUGUCAACAAUCUUGAGACCUUUGGCGCGACCAUCCCCAGCUAUGGCAUGCCUAGUGCUCCCGUGACGAACGGUCCUAAUAUGUUCUCUCCUCCUCCUCCUACACGGACGGCUUCACGCUACGCACCAGGCGCUCCUCAACCAUCGACUCCGAACUAUAACCCCUAUGAGACAAACUCUCCAUAUGCGCCUCGCUCAUCAAUGGAACGGGCCUCAGGCGAGUACAGCAGAAGUUCAGUUGAGCUUCCGCGUCAGUCUUUGGACUCUCAGCGGGGUUAUUCGCACAGCAGCUAUGCUCCCAACCGUACAUCUUCGCCUGCUCAGCCAUAUACACCUUACGGCACGACGCCACAGGAAUCAUCCUACUCUCUGCAUAACAUGCAGCCUCAGCAAAGUUUGACAUCCCCAGCGGCUACUACUUCUGGUUAUCAACCCUUCACUCCACAAAACAACGUCUCGGCAAAUGAUAAGCCCUCUAACGAACCCCCUUCGGCCCCGUCAACUGGCUACCAGCCGCCGUCGUACGGAUAUGAGCCUCCGUCAUUCACCCCUUACGAGGCGCCGGCGAUCAAUGACGAGGAGGAGGGCGCCUCCAAGGAGAAUGGUGACUCUAACCAGGGUGGCGAAGGUGUCAACACCUUUGAGCCCCCUUCAUUCCAGCCAUAUAGCUAUGAGCCGCCUUCUUACGAACCCGACACCCCACCUUCGAAAGAUGACGAUGAAUCUGAGGAAGAAAAGCCCAAGCCGAAGAAGAAGGGCCCUAUAUACGAUGACGAUGACGAUGAUUUCCCCGCGGCGCCGAAGCCUGCCGGCAAGUCCAAGGCUGAAAUUGACCGGGAGAACGAGGAAAUGGUCCGUCGGAUCGCCGAAGAAGAAGAAGCCAAAGCCGCCAAGAAGGGUUGGGGCUUCACCAGCUGGUUCGCAAAGAAGGAGGCUGCCGCCGCCGAUGCCAACGCCGCCGCCGGAAGCAGCCCCGGCAAGCCCAUCCGUGCCAAGCUCGGCGAGGCGAACUCGUUCUACUACGACCCCGAGCAAAAGCGCUGGAUCAACAAGAACGCCAGUCCCGAAGACCAAGCCGCCAAGAAAUCCACGCCGCCACCGCCCAAGGGCGGCAUCCCCCGCUCAUCCGCCUCCAGCCCUGCUCCUCCCAUGGGCAUGGGCGUGGGCGGCGGCAGCGCGCCCAACACCCCCGGCCGCGCCAGCGCCCCACCUACUGGUCCGCCUAGACCGGCGGCGCUCAUGCCUUCGGCGUCGGAGAAUAACGUUGGCUCUGGCCCACCUAGCGCUGUUGGACCGCUGAGUCCCAGUGGAAGUAACGGGCCCCCUAGUGCGGGCUUGCUGUCCCCUGGCAUGGGUCCGGCAGCGAUGCAGCGCCCGGCCUCGACGAGCACGAGCGCGCCCCCUGCUGGUACUAGUAAGCCGUUGAGCGCGACGAGUAGUAUUGAUGAUUUGUUGGGGGCCGCGGUACCGAGGAAGAGGGGAGAGGCCAAGAAGCCGAGGAAGGCGGCUAGGUAUGUGGAUGUUAUGCAGAAGUAAAGGGGCCCGGGGUGAAUGAGUUAAGGGAUGAGGGAAUGAGUCGGUGUGUAUAAAGGUUGGGUCUUGUGAGAUUGGAUUGGACUGUUUCUAAUACAGAGUGUAUGUAUGUAUGUACGUAAUGAACGGCGAAAGGGGGAUGAUAAAGUGCAAGUUGGUAGUUUUCUACGGUUUUUUGAAGUCGAGGAUGGAGAAAUGCAAUCUGUAUUCCUGAA